AUGGAAUUCUUCAUUCCUUACUCAGACGUCGCCUCAGGUAGCAAAGCUCGCCCUUGGUUCGAUGCUGAUUGCCGUCAUGCUGAAGCGUGUAAGCAGUCAGCAUUUCUGGCAUGGGCUGAUGCUCGAACGCGCGACUCACCGGACACUCGCAAUCUAAAGAAAGCCUACAACCAAGCCUCCAAGUCCCUUGCCAAGGCCAUCCAAUCAAACUUCUGUCGCCCCAGCCUGCCGCCACUGCUGAAACCCGAUGGCUCACUGGCUCACUCUGCUGAGGAAAAGGCGAACCUUUUUGCCACCCUGUUCGCUGAUAACUCACGUCUUGACGUCGCAGGCAAAACGCCACCCUCAUUACCCCCUGCCUCCUCCACCAUGCGUGAGGUCCGCAUACGGCAGAGAGAGGUUUUAAAUGUCUUGUAUUCUCUUGACGUAAAUAAAGCCAGUGGACCCGACGGAAUUCCGGCAAUUGUCCUGCGUAACUGUGCGCCGGAGUUGUCUCCUAUUCUGACACGCCUGUAUCGACUCUCACUUGAGACUGGACUAGUCCCUAAAUCAUGGAAGCUUGCAAACGUACAGCCCGUACCUAAAAAGGGCAGUCGUGCUGACCCAACUAAUUACAGACCCAUCUCUGUUACGUCUAUACUCUGCAAGAUAAUGGAACGUGUCCUCAAUGGCCGACUCCUGUCAUACCUUGAAGAAAAUGACCUACUCAGGGACCGUCAGUAUGGGUUUCGGUAUGGUCGUUCUACAGGUGAUCUUCUCGUGUAUGCCACACACUUAUGGAGCGAGGCCAUUGAGAAACAUGGCGAAGCCCUUGCCGUUUCACUGGACGUAUCAAAGGCGUUUGACAGAGUCUGGCACGGCAGCCUAUUAAACAAGCUUCCAUCUUUUGGAAUCCCUGUUGGCUUGUGCAAAUGGAUCUCCGAUUUUCUUGAGGGACGAUCAAUAAGAGUAGUCCUUGAGGGCUACACUUCUAGUCAACAACCUAUUGACGCUGGCGUCCCUCAGGGUUCGGUGCUGUCUGCAACUCUUUUUCUACUGCAUAUCAACGAUCUGCUCAAACCCGGCACCUUUGGGUGCGCAGAAGACACGACAGUAACAGCCAAUUAUAUAUCCAACGCAAAAACCAACAGGCGUGAGGUGGAGUCUUGUCGUGAGCGAUAUGAUCAAGAAAAUAAACUUCAAUUUUUAGUAGAUACAGGUGCCAAUGUUUCAGUAAUUCCUGUUUCAAAAAAACAAAAGUUGUCAGAAACAUGUUCUGAUUAUAAGCUGUAUGCAGCCAAUAAUAGUCAAAUUCAAACAUAUGGUACAAAAACAUUAAUUGUAAACUUAAAGUUACGUCGACCAUACAGGUGGACUUUUAUUAUCGCGGACGUGUCUCAACCGAUAUUAGGUGCGGAUUUCUUGGAACAUCAUAAUCUCUUAGUCGACUUAAAAUUACGCAAACUUAUUGAUAAGAGGACAAAUUUAUUAGCAUUGGGCAAAAUAAUUAAUCACGAUGAACCGUCAUUAAGUACAAUUGAUAGUAGUCAUCCUUUUAUGGAGUUAUUAAAUGAAUUUCCGGAAAUUACUUAACCAAUUUCAUUUAAAAAUAUGGAUACACAAUCUAGCAAUGAUUUUUAUCAUCAUAUCGAAGUUUCAGGACCACCAGUGCAUGCGAGGUCAAGGCCAUUACCACCGGACAGAUAUCACAAAGUAAAGGAGGAAUUUAAGCUGAUGCAGGAAAUGGGCAUAUGCAGACCAUCAAAAAGUGAGUGGGCUAGUCCAUUACAUAUUGUUAGUAAAAAAAACGGGGACAUCCGACCUUUUGGAGAUUAUAGGCGUUUAAAUGCCAUCACCAAACCGGAUCGUUAUCCUGUUCCCCGGUUACACGACUUUACUUAUAUUUUGUCAAAUAAGAAAAUUUUCUCGCGAUUAGACAUAAAUAGAGCUUAUCAUUUUAUAAAAAUUGCACCCGAAGAUAUAGAGAAAACAGCAGUAAUUUGUCCCUUAGGAUUAUUCGAAUUUUUACGUCUUCCAUUUGGUCUACGUAACGGAAGUCAAAGUUUUCAGCGAUUCAUGAGCAAAAAAGUUUUGAAAGAUUUAGAUUUCCUUUUUAAAUAA